AUUGGACACGAGCAUCCACCGGGCUUUUGAAACGACAGGGGAGUCAUUAGGAGGAGGCACGCGCCCUAAUGAGCUCCUUUUCAGACCUGUUGAAUAGAGACAAGCACCCCGCGGAGAGACCUGGAGCUAUUUAAUGGCCAUUACGCACAUCCCUGCCCAGUUUACGCGCGGUGGUUAGAGCUCACAUCCCAAGAAACAUGGAAGACAUAUUUUUUGAUUUCGACGCUCAAGACGCCGCCACGGACUUUGCCUUCUGGGGCCAAAUGGACCCCAACUUCCAGUUCCAGUCUCAACUGGACACGCUGCUGCUCGACUGCGGCGCAAUGACGGGUCAGCUGUCGCCCUGGUCCUCUUUCGGGUGUCAGUCCGUGUUCCCCGAGGCUCAGCUGACCUUCACGGACUUAGACUCGCAGUCCCCGCAGCUGGAGGUCGGUGCUGAAGUGGACAGCUCCUUGGCGGACGAGCCCCAUGAGAUCGGCGAGCGCAGACAGCAGCAGCAGCGGCGCUUGACGGCCCAUCACCCGUACAAGGUGCAGCGCCACGCCGCCAACAUCCGGGAGAGGAAGAGGAUGCUCAGCAUCAACUCCGCGUUCGAGGAGCUGCGCUGCCACGUGCCCACCUUCCCCUACGAGAAGAGACUCUCCAAAAUAGACACCUUGAGACUGGCCAUCGCUUACAUCGCCCUGCUUAGGGAAAUCCUCAUGUCAGGCUGUGACCCCAAGUCGUACGUCGACGAAUGCAUGAAGAACGGCUAUAAGAAUCAGACCAAUGCCAUCUGGAACACAAGCGAUCUGACAGCUCGCCUCUCUUGGAUAAAGUGGGAUUAACCGCGGCGUGGGCCGCGAAGAGAGAUGCCUCCUCGUCCUUCUUUCUCACGCUCCUCUUCAAUGGUGCCGCGGCACGGCGACUGCGCGACAUCUGCAGACUUCUCACCGCGUUACACCUCCCGGCACUCGGGACACUUUUUAUAUUCUAAUUUGUUGUGGGUUAGAAUCAGGCCCCUUCUCGCUCAUCCAGACGCGCGUUGUUUGUUGUGAAUGAGGCCUUGCCGGGACAAAGCCGUGGCACUUGUGCCUGCGCGCCGAGAUGAGAGAAUGGCAAAAGGGCGGCAGUUCGAAUUUGUUUCCAUGUGCUUCACUGUUGAAAGCAAAUCGAAAGGGUUUGACCUGGCAAUGUGCCUGACAGCCGCAUUCGGAUAUAGAGCAGGGAGAGAGCGCCGUCAAAUCAUUUUAUCACAGCAGUAUUUAUUUGUUAAUUUAUUCUUUUUAUUUAUUAAAAAUGUAAUUUUUUUUGGUCUGUCUUUUAACUUUCGUGUGAUUUAAUUUUAAAUAAAACAUAACUUAUUUUUAAUUAAAUGUGGGAUGAACCCCUAGA